AUGAUCUCAUCUACCGUCGCUGCGAAGCCGCUGCGUUCAUCGCUACGCCCGCGCUUUGCCUGCCCGAGCCCAUUGCCCCCUCAGCGCCGCCAAUCGACCGUCGCCGCCGCCUCCAGCCCCGACCCCCGCCCUCCUGCCCUCCACGCCUUCCCCCUCGACAGCCUCCGGAGGGACAUUGGCCGCGAGUCAAAGCUCCACCGUCUUCGCGAUGCCUUCCUGCCACCGGGAGUCCCGCAUCUGGCGCCCACCCAGCAAACUCCGGCGGGAAACCCACUCCCACGCAUCUACUCCAAGCUCCCGGACGACUACCGCAACGGCAUCGAGGCCCAGCUCGAGCGGUGCAACUACCGCGCCGACUACCUGAUUCUCGUAUCCGCCGUCCUCGCCCAGCGCAACGUCGACAAGGCCUUCAACAAACACGACGCCGUCCGCCUCAUCUGCGCCCGCCUCUUCCACCUGCUGAUCGACAGCCCGCCCAGCCAUGCCGACCCGAACAUGCUCAUACUGGCCCACGCCAUUCGCUUCAAGCUGGAAGACGCCCACAUACAACUGCCAGACGUGCUGCUCGGCUUGGGCCUGCUCUGUGCCGCCAGCUGCCACAGCUUCUCCGCUCUGAGGCUCUACCUGCACAAGUUCCGCGCCCUGGACUACCCCAUUCCGCCGCGUCUGUUCGGCCGCGUUGUCGACAGCCUGGUCAAUCCCGCCCAUCCUGCCGUACGGACACACACCCCUUGGCUCAGGCCGUGGUCCGACGACCAUGCCUUGGCCGUCAUGCUGGGCUUCACCGACGCCCCACCCACCCCCGCUUACGACCUCAGCCACUUCCUCCCCCGGAACCAGUGGCAUUGCAUGAGCCGCUGGCUGCGCGCGCUUGCUCGCCUCAAGGCCCACGACCAGCUGCGCACCGAAUGGGCCAUGUGGCUCCAAGACCCGCGCCGCAACACCCCCAAGGAGUGCACCUGCCUGGGAGAGGCCGAUGGCCCGUCGGCCGCCAUGCUCAACCGCGAGCGAAAGCCCAUGUGGCGGCUGAGGGACGCCGGCCUGUGGAACACGGCGACGCGCGGCGACCUCGCCCUGCUCGAGGCCUUCCGCAAAAGCGGCUGCGUCGAAGAGGCCUGGUCCGUCCUCGCCGCUUCCGACGUCCCCUUCGAGGUGCUCAGCCGCGAGACCCGGUCCGCUCUGUCGGCGCGGCCCGAGUUCGCCCCGCCCAGGCUGUGGACGGAUGAGAUGCGGGCGGCGCUUCUCCAGAGGUACGCGGAUGACCUGGCUGAGAUUGAAGCCGUGUUCGAGGUCGAGUGGGUUUGGGACGAGGAGUCCGGCACCGGCCACCACCGCCUCGCCAGCGGUGGUUCUUGGUUUGCCGAGAUGGAAGAUUUCACGGAGGAUUUGGUGCUUGGCUCUCCGGAGGAUGAUUGCCAUGAUGCAUCUCCCUCGGCUCUGCAGAUCAGGCGGGUGAAAAGCAACCGAGGGCGAGAUCAUCGACCGGGUCGUCCGCAGUCGGGCGACGGGAAAGGAUCCGCUCUUCUAUCUUGA